AUGGAAAAAGAUAUUUUUAAAACAUUGCCUAAUGAGAUAAUACAAAAGAUUCUUGGUCUUUUAAACUUGCGAGACAUUUUUUCAGUUGCUUUGGUGAACAAAAAUCUAUAUCUACAUUUUCAAGAUGAUUAUGUAUGGCAUUUAAUGUGUACGAGUCAAUUCUGUGAAGAAGAUAUCAAUGAAGAGAAAGAACGACUAAGGAAGGAUACAUCAGAAUCUUCUUCGUUGAUGGAUGAAGAAAAUUUCGACGAGAACAUCAAUUGGCGAAGCAUGUAUAUGAAAUUAUCACGACCAAUUAGUUUUUUGGCGAAAGAUCGUGGAGUUAUUUGGUUAGAUACUGCGGAUGGAGUUGGAAAUACUCAUCACUGGAAAACGUUAGAUUGUGAUGAAAGCGAAUAUGGAAAAGUUGUUUUUUUGGAUUAUGUUUGGUGGUUUGAUGUUUGGGGUAAUAUACCAAAUGUACUACCAGGAAUUUACGAUGUUAUUUGGCGCUUUAAAGUCAACCAAAAUUUUAGACUUCAAGGUUUAAAUUUUGUGACUAAAGCUUUCGAAGUAUUUGAUGAGGAAUUAGAGCAAAAACAUGGAGAACCAAUCGAAACAAAGAAAACCCAUUUAACGAAUUCAAAAGUGUUUGAACUUAUUGCUGAAGAUGGUGAUUGGGUAGAAUACUGUUUACCAUAUCAGAUUACAAUUCCAGAAGAACGAGUACUCGAUUCGGUUCGAAUUCCACAUUCAGUUGAAUGCAAAAUUUAUAAUUAUCUAGGAUUUAUUAAAAGAGGAUUG